AUGGCAGGCUUCGGGAUACGACCAGCGACACCAGGCAAGUCAGUGACCCGAACCGCCCGCGCUGCUCCCGCGAUGCCACACCCUCUCGUCACCCGGAGAACGAUUGUCGUGCUGUCAGCGACGAUUCUCCUCGUCCUCGUCUCCGUCUCUGUUCCGCUGCUCAAGUCGAUCUACUUCCUCAAAGCCUCCAUCUCGACUUCUGUCGGCGGCACCAACAUCUCGGGAACGGUCACGCUCGGGACCUGGGGUUACUGCGUCGACGGGACUUGCACGAGCGCAAAGCUGGGCUACAGUCUAGACGUUGCUCAGCUGUUCGGCGUCAACGGCAAGAUUGCCGGCAUCUCGACCUCCGUUCUCAAAUGGAUUACAUACCUGCUCAUACUACACCCCAUUGCUGCCGGCUUCAGCGCCAUCAGUGUUGUCCUCGGCCUCCUCGCGCAUACGCAUGGCUUCGCCGGGACAGCCUUCACGACCUGCUUCGCCUCAUUCGCCGCAACGUUCUCGCUCCUCGCCUUCAUCUUCGACAUUGUCGUCUUCGUAAUUGCCAAGUCGAGGAUCCAGAGCAGCGCGGUUGGCGGUAGUGCGCAGCUUGGAAACGCCGUCUGGAUGACACUGGCCGCGAUGAUCCUCCUCGCCUUGUCGGGCUUCUUCUUUGGCUGCGGCGCCUGCGUCAUCCGUCGCCAGCGCGCCGGCAAAGAAGCCUCCGAAGCGUACCGACCUCACCCCGACGCCGACUACGGCGCCAAGAUGCGUACGGAAGCGCUUGUCGCAGCUGAGCGGGAUGCGUGGCGACGGAAGAAUGAGGGACAGCUGCCGCAGUUUGCGGAGCGUGAGGCAAUUCCGCUCAACUCGCUCGACUACAACCAGGACGACGAGGAUCCGCCUGCAGCGCGGUAUGAGCCUAGGCAGUUUGCAUCGAGCAGCGAUAUUGCGGGUCAGGGAGCGGGCGCGCCGAGCAUCAUCACGGGUGUCGGAGAGGGGUAUGGAAGGAGGAACCCUUCGGGCGCACCGGGACAAGGACAAGGCGUCUCGUUUGCGCCCGAACCGACCUCGUACAGGGGCUACGCAGCAGGUGGCGCAGCGGGCAUAGGAGCAGGUUCGCAACUCGCUGCGGAAGCUCGAGCGAAUCGAGGAUACGCUAGUGAAGGAGGACCAGCAGACGAUCGGCGCCUAAACAGCACGUCGAGCGGGACGACCGAGCCAUUUACCGGCAUGUACGGCCACGAACAGCCUGUUGGACAAGCCGUCUCGGGCGCUUACGCGCACGAGGGUGUGGGAGCGUACGGCGCCUCACAACUGGUCGGACCUCGAGCACCUUCAGCGUCUCCAGCAUACGGCGGAGCCUACCGGCCUUACCCGCAGUCCACCUCGCCACCUCCUAUGCAAGGCUCGUCGAAUGCCGUCCCGCCUCUCCCUGCAGCGACCGCCUUCGGCUCGAGCUCCACGCCUUACCCGCCCGAGAAGCCUUCAUACCCUUACCAGCAGUCAACUUCGCCGACCUACCACCAGCCGCAGCAACAGCAUUUAUAUGUCCAGAACCCGUCGUCGAUGUAUGAGGACCCUUAUGUCCAGCCGCAGGGCCUGCAGGACGCGCGAAGUCUCGCUCCGACUUAUCACACUCACGAGGCGACUGGAGCGGGCGGCUUGCAGUACCAAUCGACGAGCGGGCACGACAUGUAUGGCGUGCCGAGGUACUGA